AUGGCACCUACUAUCCAAAAACGCAACUUGGGAAUGGCCACUACCUCAAAGGCAUCAUUGAGCUCCAAAAUCCGGAAAACCACCAAGCCUAGAGCCAGAGUCCUCAGCAGUGCAGCCCCCAUCAACAAGAAAUCAGCAUCCAUUCCCGCAGACAUGCAGCCACAGCUUCUUCGCAUAGCGGAAAGCCAACGCACAGAUUUUGAGAAGCGCGUGUGGACAGCACUCUGCCAGAUUCCCCGCGGACGAGUCACGACAUACGGCUUGCUUUCUGCAUAUCUGGGGACGUCGCCGCGAGCCGUGGGUAACGCGCUCCGGCGGAAUCCUUUUGCGCCUGAUGUGCCGUGCCAUCGUGUUGUGGCGACGGGAGGGUCUUUGGGUGGCUUCAAGGGCAGUUGGCCCAAGGAUGGAGAGGGAAUCACGAUUACGGAGAAGAAGACGUUGUUGAGGGGAGAGGGGGUCAAGCUGGAUGACAAGGGAAGGGUGUUGGGGACAGUCUGGUCAAGUUUUGAGUAA